CUUUCUCCAGCUGCUCUCCUAGUGCCUGAACAGUCCCAGUCCAGCAUGGGGAAAGGUUUCUACAUUAGCAAGACCGUAGGGGUGGUGGGGAUUGUUCUGGGAGCUGGAGCAGUGGCCACCAUAAUUGCUUUGUCUGUGGUCUACUCCCAGGAAAAAUCCAAGAAUGGUGAUGUGAUAGCAACUACCACAACAAUCAGCCCACCAGGCACCACAGGUACUACAACAACCACCAGUCCACCUGGCACCACAGGUACUACAACAGCCACCACUUCGACUGGCUCGACGGCCGCACCAACAACUGUGCCAUCUAAUGAGCCAUGGGACAAGUACCGUCUCCCCGACACGCUUCUUCCAGACAGUUACGAGCUUACCCUGUGGCCACGACUCGAACCCGACAGCCGGAACAUCUACAUAUUCACUGGAAGCUCCAGCGUGGUCUUCAGGUGCGUGAAGGACACGGACCUGAUCCUCAUCCACUCCAACAAACUGAACCUGACGGCAGACCCCAGUCUGACUGCACUCGGCAGCACACCUGCUCCCACCAUUAAGGACUAUUGGAUGCAGGUUACCACUCAGUAUCUGGUAAUUCAGCUAAAUGGCACCUUAAAAGCAGGAGAAUCCUACAGCCUCUUCACUGAGUUUGAGGGAGAGCUGGCUGAUGACCUGGGAGGAUUUUACCGCAGUGAAUAUACUGAAUCUGGAGUGAGGAAAGUGCUAGCCACGACUCAGAUGCAGCCCACCGAUGCCAGAAAGGCCUUUCCCUGUUUCGAUGAACCUGCCAUGAAAGCUGAAUUCAACAUCACCAUACUGCAUGACCCCUCAACCGUGGCCCUCUCUAAUGGCAAACAAAUUGAAUCUGUGGAGGUGGAAGUGACUGGCAUCACACUGCGGAAAACCACUUUUGAACGAACCAGGAUAAUGUCGACGUACCUGUUGGCGUUUAUCGUCAGCGAAUUUGAUUUUGUGGAGACGAUGGAAGGAGACGUUCAGAUCCGUAUUUUCGCCCGUAAAGAGGCCAUCGCUGCUAAUCAAGGAGAGUACGCACUCAAUAUCACUGGACCAAUACUGAAAUUCUUCGAAAGUUAUUACAAUGCCACAUACCCUCUCCCCAAGUCAGAUCAAGUUGCUCUGCCAGACUUUAACGCUGGAGCGAUGGAGAACUGGGGGCUGAUCACAUACAGAGAGUCAGCUCUGCUGUACGACCCCAGUGUCUCCUCUAACGGAAAUAAAGAGAGAAUCGCCACCAUCAUCGCUCACGAACUCGCACACAUGUGGUUUGGUAAUCUAGUGACUAUCAGAUGGUGGAAUGAUCUGUGGCUGAAUGAAGGUUUCGCCUCCUAUGUGGAGUAUCUUGGAGCCGACCAUGCUGAGCCAGAGUGGAACAUUAAAGACAUGAUCAUUUUGGGAGAUGUACAUCGAGUUUUCGCCAUCGAUGCUCUGGCCUCCUCCCACCCCCUCUCCUCUAAUGAAGAGGACAUCAUGAGACCAGAGCAGAUCAGCGAGGUGUUCGACGCCAUUUCUUACAGCAAGGGGGCGUCAGUGUUAAGGAUGCUGUCAGAUUUCCUGACCGAGCCAGUUUUUGCCCAAGGACUCAGUAGCUACCUGAACACCUUCGAGUUCAGCAACACCGUGUACACAGACCUCUGGGACCAUCUUCAGCUGGCUGUGGACGCCACUCACACCUCCAUUCCUCGGAACGUCAGUGAGAUCAUGGACCGCUGGGUUCUUCAGAUGGGUUUCCCAGUGGUCACAGUCAACACUGCUACUGGACAGCUGACUCAGGAGCAUUUCCUUCUGGACCCUGAGUCCGUUGUGGAGAGGCCAUCUCCAUUCAAUUAUUCGUGGUUUGUUCCUAUUCAGUGGAUUAAGAACGGUGCCGAGCAGAAUAUCUACUGGCUACUGGAAAAACAGGAUCUAAAUGAUGCAAUGCGAACCACUGGGGAUGAAUGGGUAGUGCUCAACCUCAACGUGUCGGGAUACUACAGAGUGAACUAUGAUGAAGCUAACUGGAAUCGGCUCCUAACCACACUCCAAACAUCUCCUGAGAGCAUUCCAGUUCUGAACAGAGUCCAGCUUAUCGAUGAUGCUUUCAAUCUUGCAAGGGCAAACCGUAUUCUAACCACACUGGCUCUGAGGACCACACUGUAUCUGUCAGCAGAAACCGAGUACAUGCCCUGGAAGUCUGCUCUGGAUAACUUGGACUAUUACUACCUCAUGUUUGAUCGCAGUGAGGUUUAUGGUUACCUGCAGGCUUACAUUGGACAACAAGUGGAACCACUGUUCAAACAUUUCCAGGAAAUUACUGACAACUGGACCAAAAUACCUGAUGGCCACACUGAUCAGUAUAACCAGGUGAAUGCUAUUCGCAUGGCCUGUAGCACCGGGCUAGAGAACUGCACAGAGCUGGUUAAGGGCUGGUUUUCGGAGUGGAUGAACAACCCCAGUGUCAAUCCGAUUGAACCAAACCUCAGGUCCACAGUGUACUGCAGUGCCAUCGCUGCAGGGGGAGCUAAAGAGUGGGACUUUGCCUGGAACAUGUUCCUGAGCUCUACGAUUGCCAUUGAAGCUGAUAAACUGCGUGCUGCACUGGCCUGUUCUACAACCCCAUGGCUACUGAACAGGUAUCUGGAGUACACACUGACAUCAAAUAUCCGGAAGCAAGACGCCACCUCCACUAUCAUCUACAUCGCAAACAACGUGGUGGGGCAGCCCCUAGCCUGGGACUUUGUAAGAGCUAACUGGGCGUACAUCUUCAGAGAGUAUGGUGGAGGAUCCUUCUCUUUCUCUAACCUGAUCAACGGGGUCACCAAGAGAUUCUCAACUGAAUUUGAACUCAAACAGCUGGAACAGUUCAGGGACGACAACAGCGAUAUCGGUUUCGGCUCUGGCACCCUGGCCAUUCAGCAGUCCAUCGAGAGGACAAGGGCCAACAUCAAAUGGCUUUCACAGAACAGGAAUGACGUGAUGGAGUGGCUGAAAGGGGCAAUCAAAGCAUAGGCUGGUUAAUCUCUGCUCUGUGGAGCUGUGAAAUGCUGUAUUUCAUAUUUAAAAAGAGCUCUCAUUAAAACAAUCCUGCAUAUUUAUUUCCAACAACAAUGUUCUACAUUUCUUAGAUUUAAUCUCAGUGUUGUAUAUAAAUUGUUAUUUCUUUGAAAAAAGUAUGUUAAUUUUAUUCCCCUAAAAUUUGUACUUCUUAUUAAAUGGAACAAAACAUUUUUGUUUAGAUAUGUUUUGUAUGACCGAAGCUUUUGCUUUGUGAAAAAAUAAACAUUUGUUUCUUGAACAUA